CUCACUGUUCCCUCAGAAGGACUAGCCGGGCCAUCCGAAAGGAGGUCUGCACCCAGAACUGGGCACCCACGAGGUCUCCUUGAAGGGUCUGCGGAGGAAUCUGUGUCCCAGUGGCCUCGGGCAGCUGCAUUACUGGAUCGAGAUGACCACAGCCACCCCUUUGCGGGGUACUACCUUCUUCUCCUUGAACGUGACCACCAGAGAAGAAGACUUCCUGUACAAGAGUUCUGGAGCCAUUGUUGCGGCCAUUGUGGUAGUUGUCAUCAUCAUCUUCACCGUGGUUCUGAUCCUGCUGAAGAUAUACAACAGGAAAAUGAGGACCAGGCGGGAGCUGGAGCCCAAGGGGCCCAAGCCAGCCUCCCCUUCUGCCUUGGGCCCGAACAACAACAGCAGUCAACACCCUGCAACCGUGACCUUCAGCCCCGUUGACGUCCACGUGGAGACUCGGUGACCCCCCCCCCCCACCUUGGUGCUAUCUUGGCCACCAUCCAAAGAGCCUUCUCCAGUCAAGACCCAGAAGCACAUAUCUCCUCUGGCAGCUUCACUAUGAGUUCCUUCCGGUUGGGUCGACAAGGGGCAUCUCAUGCAAGUCUGGAUGCUUCCAACCCCCAACCCUGCCCUGCCCCGCCCCACCCUAGCUGUGUCCAUGUCCCUGCUGCCACCCUUCCAAAAAGCUGUGGGACAUUGUUUGUGCUCUGAUGAGGUAGAGCUAUGCCGGCAAUCCACUGAAGUGGGUGUGGCUCUCUCGCCCAAACACAAUUGCUAGACAGACAGCCCAGGAAUCUUCUGGGCAGGAGUCAGGGGUCAGAGCAUGCUCCCAAGAGUAUCACCGCAGAGUCUGCCACUGCGGUCCUAUAGGAAUCAGUGCUGUAGCCACAGCUUUGCAGAGCAAAAUACUCAAUGCUGUUCAUCGGGCACAGGGGAACUAACUUGAGCUAACUAAGCAAAAAACCAACCUGUUAAUUUAUAACUUGUUCCUGUACUAGAUGACUGCUAGCUAGCUCAUGACAACCAGUCAGCAGAUUUCUCCGUCUUUAAGAAAGGUAAUGGGGGGCGCCUGGGUGGCUCAGUCGUUAAGCGUCUGCCUUCGGCUCAGGUCAUGAUCCCAGGGUCCUGGGAUCGAGUCCCACAUCGGGCUCCCUGCUCAACAGGAAGCCUGCUUCUCCCUCUCCCACUCCCCCUGCUUGUGUUCCUGCUCUCGCUAUCUCUCUCUCUGUCAAAUAAAAAAAAAAAAAAAAAAAAAAUUUUAAUAAAAAAAAAAAAGAAAGGUAAUGGGAAAGACAAUUCUUCUCGAAAGGUUUCUACUUCAUCAGCAAAGAGUCAGAGGACAAGGAAUAGGGUGACCUUGAGGAAUGAUGGCCUCUAGGGCAAAAGCUUAUUGCGGUGUCCUCGGGCCUUGAAUGAGCCAGGAGCGGGUCAGAGCCCGUCCUCUCCCUUUGGGGCUGGAUUAAGCCUAACUCAGUCUCAUUUCUUGGCUUCCCUCUGUUUGGAUUCUGAGCAGUCCCCUCUCUCCAGGUCACAUCUUACCUCCAAGGACGAGUAUUAGAGACGGAUAAGAUUACAACCCUGUUUAUGUUACCUGUGUCCUUCCCGGUGACCUUGCAGAGAUCCAGGGCACAUGUAAAGCACCACGUUCGCAAACCAUUUCUCUGUACGGAGCUGAUCUCUUUGACUCCUUAGCCCAGAGAACAAUCUAUUGAGAGGGAAAAGCAUUUUGAAAUUAAGAAGGCUUGCCUUCCAAGCCCUACCUCCUGGUCGUGUGGCCUUGGAAGAGUCACGUGAGCGCUCCUUAUUGGGUUUGCUAACCAUAAGACUCACAGACUUGACUUUAAUUAGUCAAGGACUUGGUAGGUAGAGCCGCUCGGGUGGUACCUGGCACUCAGCAAAUGCUUAAUUCAUGAGAGCCAGCAUUAUUGUUACAGAAUUUCUUCAAUUGCAGGACGUAUUUGUUCACAUGUUAAAUGAUUCUGAAAUCAGAAUUUGUCUUAAAAUUGAUGGGUCCAUUAAUGUAGUAUUUUUUUCUCUCUCCAAAAGCUGUCAUGUACCUUACAGUUGAAGGCAUCUUGGAAACAAGGCAAUAAAUCUUUACUCUGUUGCAGAAAGUGACACACUCUGACCUUUAACCUCAAAUUCUAGGGGUCUCUUCCUCUUGGAGGCAGAAAUCUCUUCUGAGGGGAAACUGAGGGUCAGGAAGGUAAGAAGGCUGACCCAGGGUCACAGAGCCAUGUCAUCCCACUAUAAAAAUGCUCGCUUGGAUAUGUCUGGAAAAAUACUGGUAAAUUCUUCCUGCCCAAACAUCUUUUCUCCCUACUGUGUUUAAAUAUCCACCAUGUACCAGGUACUUGGCAAGAUGCUUUCACAUAAAUAAGCUCAUCAGAUAUUUUUCCCAAUAACCUUGGGAGGAAUUAUUUGUUCUGUUUGCAGGUGAGAAUUGCAAAUUCCAAGAGAAAGGUACUUGUCCACAGUCACACAGCUAGUUAAUUUGCAAAGAUAAGACGCAAACCCACAUUUUUGACUCCAAAGUCCCACUCUCCGUUGUACCACAUUCUUCCCUAACAUCCUGGCUCAAAGAACAUGGAUUCUUUCAUGGGCCGAACAGGAGGAGGACCGGCUUGUCCAUGUGUCUGAGCAGAGGUCAGGAGUCUGGCUUCCAAACUGACAGUAGGGGCAAAGCCACUUUGGUAGCCUCCUUUGGGCUCCCAUGAUCGAAGCCGAAGGACCCCUCUCUGAGCCCAUCAAAGCUCUAAGGAUUCCUGUUUCAUUUCCCAUAACCCUUAUGCCCAAGGAGCAAGGGAUAGAGUGCCAUCCAACCAGGGAAAGCUAUUUCCUGACGGACUCAAACCCCAAAUAGAUAUGUUUCCCAAAAGUGUUCUGC